GAACGGCGAGAUCCAUCUGUGAAGAAAGGCCAUAGCUCUGAAGUCUCGGAAGUCAUCGUCUCUCUCUCUCUCUCUCUUUCUCAGACAAAAAAGCCCUCAGGACUGCCAUUUUUUUUUUCUCGUGGAAGUAAAACUCCGGUCAAAGCUCCUCUCAGCAACCGCCGAUGGCCGGCUUCCGCCUUCCGCCGGAAGACUCGGAGCUCCCUCAGGCGAACCGACCAGCUCUGGCGCCGUCGGAUCUGGUCUCUGACGACGACCGCUCCAUCGCGGCGGAUUCCUGGUCGAUCAAGAGCGAGUACGGGAGCACGCUCGACGAUGACCAGCGCCACGCAGAUGCCGCUGACGCGCUCCUCUCCUCCGGCAAUUUCCGAACUGCCGCUUCCGAUUACAGUUCUGACAAAGAAGUACCAGAUGCUGAUGGAGUCGGGUCAUUGCUGGGUCUUCAAAGUUACUGGGAUGCUGCAUAUGCAGAUGAAUUGGCCAACUUCCAUGAGCAUGGUCAUGCGGGUGAAGUUUGGUUUGGAGGUGAUGUGAUGGAGACACUUGUUUGUUGGACCAAAAGUUUGUGCCUUGAACUUUCUCAGGGUCACUUGCCAACCGAUGUUAAUGAUAUUAAAGAGGAGCCUCAAGAUGAUAAAUACCUGCCUUCUUGGAGUGUCCUUGACCUUGGGACUGGGAAUGGUUUGCUUCUCCAGGAACUUGCUAAGCAUGGGUUCUCUGACUUAACUGGAAUUGACUACAGCGAGGGUGCAAUUGACCUUGCUCGCAGCCUGGCCUAUCGGGAUGGAUUUACCAAUUUUAAAUUUCUGGUUGAUGAUGUUCUUGAGACAAAAUUGGAUCAGCAGUUCAAGCUUGUAAUGGAUAAAGGCACUCUUGACGCCAUUGGACUGCAUCCUGAUGGUACUAUCAAAAGGAUCAUGUACUGGGAUUCUGUCUCAAAGUUGGUGGCUCCUGGUGGCCUAUUGGUGAUCACUUCUUGUAACAGUACCAAGGACGAGAUAGUGCAAGAGGUGGAUGAAUACAACCAAAGGGGAGGCGGGGCAUCCAUCGAAGCAGAGGCACCCAAGGACCCUGAGGCAGCUCGGGAACCGAUAUUCAGAUACCUCAACCAUGUCCGGAGUUAUCCCACCUUCAUGUUCGGUGGGUCGGUGGGGUCCCGUGUUGCCACUGUGGCAUUUCUCCGGAACUGAUACUGUUAUUCCUUUGUUCAUCUUUCUCAUUGGUGGUUCUCCUGUUAUUGAGAACCGUCGCCACCUUGUCACCGGAAGUGAUUGACGAAUCUCAUUAGGAUCACAAACUCCUCACUUGUACUUCACUUUGUUUCUUCUGUCUUGUUUGUUGGGUUUACUCACAGAUUUGAAAUGGAGAAAAAGGCAUUCCGGUUCUGAGAA